UUAGGGCUUUUCCAAAACGUAAAAAGUAAAUGACGCAUUUCCCGUGUUCAUUUAAACAUGUUUCGUCCCGUAUCGUCUCUUUCUUUCUCUCCACAAAUCCAAAACAAUUUCAAGCGUCCCACUCACAUUCAUGUCCGUAUUUCCUACACUGUGGUAAGAAAGUGAGAAGGCUACGAUUAGCAGCAUGCUGAACGACGUAUUUUUCAUUUCAUAGUUUCAUCAACCGAGACAAUUUCGGAAGGGAAGGGAAGCGGCGUGACGAGUCCACGUACCUGUGUAACUGUUCAUUCACAACAACUCUCUCACGCACAUCACUCAGGAGUGAGUUUCACAAACAGCCCGGAUCUCCUCUCCUCUUCCCGUCAGCGGCGAGGAGGCGGGGUGCUGGAGCUGAAGUGGGUGAAGGUCCACAGUGGAGUCGAGCAUGUCCAAACAUAUCUGGGCAGACCAGCCAGCCAACCUCCACGCACGGUGAGCUGACACUACGUAUAGGCUGAACAGAAGGUUGUUAUUAUCCACACAGUCAGGCUAGUCUGACGCCGCUAUGUUUCUGUGAGGAGCUUUAAACUGAAAGUGAAUGGAUUCAUCUGCUGAAGACUAGACGCCGUGAGUCUCUUCGUGCGGUUUAGGUCAUGUCCUUCCCGGUGAAAGUCAUAAGAGAUGGGCUGCUGGAGAAGCGCAGCAGCGGGCUUCUCCAGCUGUGGAAGAAGAAGCGCUGCGUGCUCACGGAGGAAGGGCUCCGCCUGCUCAGCUACAAAGGCAGAGGCAGUGAUGCUCCGGGGUCGGCGUGGAGCGCCAGAGCUAAGGAGCUGCGCUUUGAACGCAUGGAAACGGUGGAGUGCGUGGAGUACAAGCGAGAGAUGGUCUACUUCACAGUGGUCAUGGCUAAAGGGAAGGAAAUAGACUUUCGGUGCGCGCAGGACGGCACGCUGUGGAACGCGGAGAUCGCCUUGGCGUUGGUCCGAUACAAGAACCAGCAGGCCCUGCGGACCGGGAGGACCCGGCACCUGUACACGGCGCCCUUGGGCAGCACCGGGGAGGAUGAAGUGCUCUGACUGGACGCAAAAGUUCUGCUGCCAACAACCUGAAAACCAGCAAACACUGAUGCAUCCAACUGUUUAUUCAAAUGCAAACACUCAGACACUUGGGAUUAAGGUAACAAAUAUCUGACAGUCUUUCACCAAGUUCCUGACAUGGUUGCUCUAGUCACUCUCAGUCACAGAUCUCAGUGGGUUUUGUUUUUUUACUAUGGUCAUCGGUCUUCUGAGGACACAAACCACUCUGACUCGAGGACAUAAUUACGAUGCAAUGCAAGACUCCAGAAUAACAUCUGCUUGCCUCUCCCUCAGCAGGCAGUGGGGUAUUUUUAAACAUACACACCGAGACACACAUUCACACAAUUACUUUUAUGCUUAUGAAGAGAAAUGUAGGCAAAACAAUGUAUUUUUUUAUUUUUUAUUUUUUUUUUAGUUUUCAACAUUCAUGUCACAUUCUAGUUAUAUACUGAAACCAGUGCCUGAAACCUCAAGUGAACCGAGAGUCUGAAAGUCUGAACUAUGAGCUCACAGAUCAGGAAUCCACAGCAACGCUUCCUUAAGCGAGCUCGCUGGAGCCAAGCGCCCAAAUUAACUGUGUAGCUGUGGUAACAGUGUAAAAUAAACUCCCUUCCUCCUCAGUUUGGGACUAAUAGAAGGUGAGGAGGGAUUCCCACAUCUUCUGUUUUGUUUCUUCUCUGCACAGCAUCCUGGGAUGUGAGGAAGACCCAACAGUGACGAUGGAUAACAGGACCAGGAACACGUACAACUGUUUGAAGUUUUUACUGUGAUGGUAAUUUUUGUUUGUCAUAAAUGAACCAUUCAGAGACUUCUGGAAGAUUUAAAAACAUUAGAAACUGUUAAACUUGAAAAUAGUUUACCCUUUGUGCCUUCUUGAUUCAAAAAUGCUACUUAAAGCGUCACUUUAAAGGAUUUUGACACUAGAGUAGAAGAAUAAUGUUCUUUUUUUGUACGGACUUAACUCAUUCAUGAAGUUUAACAUGAAGAACUCCUCCCCCCCCCCCGAAUCCUUUGGACGAUUCUCUUAAGUGUGUUUGCUGAUCUGAUGCAUAGUAUUACAAAUAUGUAAAUAAAUUCAUUCUUAAGCAUUUUCUCUUACAUGUAUUUCUUUACAGGUCCAUUGUUGAAAUUGCACCUUUUCGAGAUUUAAAGAAUUGAGACGGAUAAAUACCUGAUAAUUUUUUUUUUACUCUUGUAUAGCUCAGCUUACAAACAAAACAUUAUUUUGUUAAAAUUAAAUCAGCACUUUUUUUUAUUAUUUAAUUUUAGCAUUCACUCUUGGGUAGGAGUCCACACACCUGCCACUUUUUAACUUAAUAUUAGUUUUAGUGACUCUCUGCUUACUUUUUUUGCAUAAUGGGUCUAAAGGUACCACAUCGGUUUCUUCAGAUGACAGCGUAUUCUCCCACAAUGUUUUGGGAGAUUUUAGCCAGCCUUGGAUGUUUUCUGUGGAAAAGAAUACAGCAGUUUUGCAAUUUUCCUCCCUUGUCCAGAUAUAGAAAACACAGGAGGUUGUUGUAACAUGUAGACCCAGAACACAACCAGUACUUGUUGGAAAUAGCUGCAGGUCCUUCAGUGUUACUGUCUUCUCGUCGUCCUCCCUGACCGGUUUCAGUCUGGUGCGGCAAUCGGUUUUGGAAAAAUACUCUUUUUUUAUUUCAGUCUCAUAUUUUCGCUAAUAAUUAAUGAGUUCACAACAUCAUAGUUUCAAGCAACAUCUGUGCUCUUCUGAUCAUUGGUAAUUUUCUACUGUAAGAUUAUUUGCAACUUCUUUUCUCAGAAAAUGUCAGAAAAAUCAUACCAAGACUAAUAAACUUAAUGAGAUUAUCUGUAACUGAUGGAAGGUGGGCCAUAGGGAGACCGUGCUAAAAUUAAAUCAAAGCAUGCUUCUAUUAGAUAAAAUUAAUGCAAUUAAGUCAUAUUCAUCUAACCUUUCUGUUGUUUAUAUCUUAUCUCCUGAAAGAUUGAUGAUUAAUUCUUGUUCCAGUUUUUUUUUUUUUGUCUUGUUUUGUUUGUUUUUAUACCUUAUGAUUGUAACAUGGAUGUUUACACUUUCAAGAGUCACUGUAUGUACAUCUGGACAGAAAUCUCUUCACGCUAAACAAAAGCUCACUUUACGGUCAGAUCACUCGUUUCAAAGCGCAUUUGUUUCCGGUUGGGCAGCAACUUUGCCUCCAGAAAACCCCCACAUUUGUCCACACACACACACACACACACACACACACACACACACACACACACAACAAUGCAGAGCGUGGAGUUGCAUGUCUGUCGGCGUGUGGACACCUUUUGUUCAGAGCCGUGUGCAGGACUAAUGAGGAGCAGUGUGAGCCAGAGGCAUGUGCAUGCAAACACCCACCCACACAAUAUUCACCUACAAUAGCACACCCAAAAUGAAAUUCAGCGAGGCCCGAGCACUCGCAGACUGUUGUUUGCGAGACAGGCUUUUAUUGUUUCUUUAAGGGUUGCUGUGCAUGUGGGAUUUAGUCAAGAGUUUUGAAAUUUGUGUGCGUGGGUGUGUGCGUGUGUCUUAUGUGUUUUCUCCCUGGGAAUAAAGGCUUGGCUGUGUUGUGACUACUCCUGUUACUGUGGAAAACCCCAAUGCAAGCCAUACCACAUGCGUCAGCGAUGGACGACGAGCAGGACGAGAAGCAGGGAGACACCCACUUAUGGAUCUUUGUACCAAACCACAUGUGCCGUCGGGCUGUUUUAGAGACAGGUGUAAAUACUCACACAAAGACGUCAGCGAGGCUUUCGCAAAUGCUCAGUGGCGCCAGUUUUGCAGUGCUUUCUAGAAAUAGUAACCGUGUGUGAGAAUGUGUACUUCCAUGUCACUGUGAAAUUUCUAAAGACCUUAACACAGGCUUUGCUUACUUUGCGGAGUUCAAGAUGUGCACUAGCAUGCGGUUACAUAAAGUAACUCAUCAAGUUAAGCUCAGAGGUGGGUAGCAAUUAGUUAUAUUUACAUAGUUACAACUGCCUAAAAAUAUAAAUAGGAGUUGUUAUCCAGCACUGUGCUUUUUUUCUUUUGCUUGAGAAACAUUCUUAACUUCCCUGAACAAAGAACAUUGUUAUAACCAAAACAGCCUUUAAUAGACCAGAUUUUGAACAUAACUUAAUACACAUGUUGUGAUUAAAUGUUGUGAUCAUUAGUCUGUACUUGAGAAACCUGUUAACCAAAUACCUUUUUACUCUACUUGCCUCUGGUUAAGGCAAAGGAUUUUCAACUAUGUCAAAAAAAUUGACUGCCUAGGAUUCCUUUAAAAAUGAGCCUCUGUUACGAUGUUAGACCACUAGAGGUCAGUCUAUCCUUUGUUAAAUUGGUCAGCACGACGCUAUGAAAAAUUAUUUGCUCCUCAACAGAUUACUUUUGUCUUGUGUUUUUUUUUUUUCCUUUAAUCAAAUAUGAAUAUUGAAUAUAGUAAGAUGUAUCUUGAUAUCAGACAUUGACCUGAAUAAAUACCAAAAGCUGUUUUGGAUGUCAGCUGCUUAAGACCCUUUUUUAAAAGUAUUUUUCACCUAAGCCUGAUGGCUGCUUGUGCCACCGCGGGUGAAAACAGUUUCCAUCAAUCACUUGUGGUGACUAGCAAUCAGUAUUCUAUUUGAAUUGUGCUACUGGUUUUUGAAUAACCUACUUAAUUCAACCACUGGGGAAGGUUUUCGGCAUGAACAGCUUGUUUUAACGUCAUACCACAACAUCUCAGUCAAACUUAGACUCCAAAACCUUUGUUCCAGUCAGUACUCGUACAUUACAUCGCUGUUCAAGAACGGACUCAGCAGGUUCAGACUCCUUGUUGAAUGUCUCGGAUGCUCAGUGGAUACAAAUCCACCGACAGCAGUGUAGGUGUAGGUGUCUCUUGGCUGCGCCCUUUAUGCUGGAAUCUUUCAAAAUUGGUCAGGGGCCAGGUUUAGCUUUCAGAGGGGUUAGUUACACUUUAAAAAGUCAGAGGCCAAUUUCAAGACAUUGAACUGCAAUUUUAUAGCAACUGAAGGUAACACAUUUACUUGAUUCUACUAUAAAGUGGAAUUAUUUGCCUGGAAAAUGCAUGAGACAGCCCUUUUAAAGUACUAAAUUUGAUUUCGGUUUCGUAUCUACGGGGAUCCUAAAGAAAAACAAAGAAAGUUUCUCAUGCACGAGAGAAAUUAUUAGGUGAGCACAUUUGUUUUUUAAAUUUUUCCUUCAGUGUCCCUUUGGGGGCUUCUUAUGUAUCUUAGUACUCUAUUCCUGUACAUGACAACAUGUGCUCUUGACAUCUUUGACAGCGUAAGUAGUUUUAUCAUUAAAAUAAUUGUUAACAUGCAAGCUCAUCCAGUCAUGGGAUGUGAGGCUCCAAACUUUUCGUCGUUGGUUCUGCUUUAGCUGUGUCUGUGAGAGACAAACAGACUGAACGAGAUUGCCCUGAAAGAGAAAUGGUCUUACCUAAUAAUAGCCUCCAGUAGAAAAAA